AUUACAUGUGUUUAUAAACAAUGACUUUCAAUAUAAAAAAAAGAUAUUUAUUUUGUUUAUAUUUCUUCGGUAUAAUUCUUUGGAUCUAAUUCUUCAUGGUUGACUUGUUUCUUUUCAUGUAAUUACAACGGAAUGUCAUUUUUUGUAACGAACGUCGGUCAAAACUUUGUAAAAACUUUUUUGUCAUCAUAUGUGACAGGUCAUUGUUGUUUAACGACUGGUCAUUAUCAUGUUCGCUCGCUAUGGACAACUAAACAUUUUCAAAAACAGCAAGAAAAUUACUAUAGUGUUCUUGGAUUGAAACAUGAUUGUUCACAAGAUCAGAUUCGCGCAGCCUAUCUAAAUCUGUGUAAAAAAUAUCAUCCAGAUAAAUCAGCUAAAAACAAUACAAGCGAACAACAAAUAAUCGACGAUACUGCCCGUUUUCAAAAGAUCAACGAAGCUUAUAAUUGUCUUUGUAAAGUGGACACCCGUAAUCAAUAUGAUUUGUCACUUAACUUUGGCCUUGGUAACAAUCCAUUCAUAAAAAGGCCACCAAAAGGCUAUUAUUAUCAUCAACCACCGCCGAUGGAUCAUAGUGACCCGUAUCAUCAUCGUUACUAUUAUCAUCAAUCACCAUUCAGUGAUCGUGCCACUUAUAAUCAUUACAGGCAUAUGCGUGAAACUAUGUAUCAAGAACGCGAAGGAUACUCGAAAUUUCAUCGUGAAAUGUUCGGUUCUAGAUUCACCAGUUUUAUAUUGUUGACCUUAGUCAUAACAAUUAUCUUAGAGAGCAUUAAUAGUUUGUUGAAUUCAGAAAUCCAUCAGCUCAAUACGAAAAAGCGAUACGAUGUCAUCACUGAAAUUUAUAAAGAACAUAUGCGGAAAAAUAAUAUCAAUCAGGAGCGAAAUGGAAAACAUGAUUAAUUUUCUUAUUGGAUGGAUGGUCACUUUUAUUCUAUAAGGAAUUUAUAAUGAUACGAAUAAAUUGUGAUAAUAUUUUUUUGUCU